AUGAGCCUGUGGAGCACUUUGCACUCUCCAGGCGAGAGGCCUGCAGUCCCUAGUCCAACAACUACCGCAACGGUUAAGCAGGCUGUGCAACCACACAUCGGAUCCGCCAAGGCUGCUUCCGUUCGGUCUUCAGACAACCCCGACCAUGACCAUCGUUCAGUCGGUCAAGCGGUAUUGUUCGCCGAGGAAGCGGUGCAAACGGCGACUAGUCCAAAAGUCAGCAGCCUGACCCCCGAUGUGGCAGCCCCUGCCGCUCUACCAUGUGGCCUGCUCGAAAUCGGCAAGACAGUAGCCACUCUCAGUGACGCAUCUCCACAAACUGAUCUUUCAGCUUAUCACAAACUAAAGAAAGCACCGUUGUCGCGGUCGAAGCCGGGCUCUGCACGAUCCCGUCCUACAAAGCGCGCCAGAGAAUCAUCGAUCGAACCACAGCCGCAGAGGAAAAAAGCCCCGAAGGCUGUCAAGCUUGACAGAUCCAUGGUUUAUGACGUGGAAAAUCUCACAAACUUUGCUUUCAGAAACGGCACCAUGUAUUGCAAGGCUGAAUGGGCUCCCACAGAAGUCCAGCUUUGUGAUGUAGUUGGAGACGAAGCAAUGGCGAUUUGUGAACGAGAAAUCACAUCGCGAUUCGGGGCUGACGUAUGGGCGAAGCAGAAAGCUGCUUGUUUUGACCAGAAACCAGAAAUCCAAGAUGUAAACGAUCGGAUCACGUCCUAA